UUUUUGGGUGACUCUGCUGGCAAACGCAAUGCUGAAAAUUGAUUGAAUUUGUUGUCGACUACUGUUCUACAUGCUGAACAAAUUUUGCUAAAAUUGGACGGCUGUACAAUAUAUAGCUGUCAUAGAAUCGGAGUGUCACAGCUAACCUUUUUAUCUUGAUUUCAGUAUUGGAAUUAGCUCCAAAGUUUUUCAAGAUGUCGAUCAAAAAUCCAGAGCAACUUAUAUAUUUAAUCAACUUUGAGGAUUAUCUGAGACCCAAAAGACCGCACAAGUCAACGCCGCUACAAUGCUUCGAUAACCCCAAAAAAUCGAAAACAAAGUGUUAUAAGCUUUACAAACGCCUCAAGUUAGUUCGAUGGUUACAAGAGAUGCAGACGAAACUCUCGAAAAGACUGGAACAAGUGCCUCUGCCCGGGUUCUUGGGCUUUUUGCGAGAGCGUAACGAUGAUGGUCUAUGCAAACCCAAGACUGGAUUUGAGAUCUACUGUGAAAUGUCCAGCAUCCAUGGAUUUCAUCUGUUUGUGGGCGCAAAAACCUGGCAACGUGUUCUUUGGUGGAUCUUCAUAUGCACGGCACUGAUUCUCUCGCUCCUCGUGGUGAUAAUGUCACAUGGAAUGACUGCGAAUACGCCAACUAUUCGCCUUAUAGAGAGUAUGAUGCAGCCAAGGGCCGAGCAGUCAAUACCCUUUCCGGCUGUAACGAUUUGCAGUUUAAAUCGCGUGGCCAAGCGGCGUCUAUUGAUCAAGGCUAAGGAGUGGAAUGUGGAAAAGGAAACACUGCAACAGCUUCCCUGGUUAACCAGUCGCAGAUUAGACCCAAUUAAUGCGACUUUGCUUAGCAGUUUGAGCUUAGGCAACUCAACUUGGUCGCAGCUCUUGGAGCAACUCUCACCACAACUCUGUGAAUCACAGCUGUUGGAUUGCAAGUGGCAGGGUCAAAAUCAAAGCUGCAACGAGCUAUUUGCCACCACUUGGAGCGUCAGUGAAGGUCGCUGUUGCAGCUUCAGAAGUCAGCCAAAGAACGCACUCUUCCUCAAGGGAUUAACCAUUCGUCUGGCUGCAAUGCUGGAGGAUUAUGGUAGCACCUUGGCUGUCACAGCUGGUUUUCAGUUGCUUAUACAUGAGGCAGAAUCGACAAUUGAUGCUGCUACACAGCGCGUAUUUUUGCCAAGGGGCACGGAGUCUCAGUUGAUGGUGAAAGCCUUUAGAACACACGCCUCUUCCUACCUGGGCAACCUUCCCAUCGACAAACGUCGCUGUUAUCUAACCCAUGAACGCAAGAUGUUUCAUUUCUCCAACUAUAGUCAGGAUAAUUGCCUAGCCGAGUGUCGUAGUGCAAGGAUCUAUCAGAUUUGCGGUUGUGUGCAUCCCCAUAUGCCCAGUAGAAGGGAUUGGCCUCUGUGCCAAGUGGAACAGUUUAAAUGCUUGCAGGAACAAAAUUUCAGUUGGAAGGAUCUUCAGAUGAAUUGCAAUUGCUUGCCAACUUGUCAGUUUUCCCGCUAUGAAGUUCACAGCGAUGUGGCCAACUUGGAUGCCACACAUCCUAUGCCUUAUACUAAUAAUGGUUUCUUCAACAACUUGAAUGUCUCCGACGAUUUGAUACUGCACAUUUAUUUUGACUCGAUGAGCGCCGAGCAACUGCGAUUGGAUGUCUUUGAGAACUGGCUGACUUUUAUAGGCAAGUACAGUCAAACUGCUCUAUGA